ACGAUGAUAUACCCCAGCAGUUUUCGUACUUAUUUAAGCAGACGUGUCAUGAGCGCUGAGCCCCGGAUCCCGGUCGGUUUGUUCCCAGGUGGCUGAGCGCCGCAGGCCGAAUCUUUUUUGUCAAAUGUGUCUUAUGGCUAUUCCGUUCAGGAUAUAUCGCAUGUCCUUGAUAUGCUGACUCUUCCCUAUGUGCCGCUUCCUGCUCUAGCUCCUCCCUUGGUCAUUUAAGUCAAGAUUGAAUGACGAACCUCUUCGUCCAUGUGGCUCCACUCGCAAGAUUCGGACCAUAUCCAAGCCAUCUCAGUAUGUGCGCGUCCGUCCAUUUCAGCGUCCCAAUGGGGUUCUCCCACUGCUUCCAGGUGAGUUCUGCUCAUUCAAGGGAGGGUAUCGCUCAGCUAUUAGCAACAGAAGGGUUCUUUGUCGUGGCGCCGAAUCUCCUUGGGCAUGCAUGGAGACGGGGCACCGACUAUCGCGUGUCCGCCCUUGCAGAGGAUCUCCAGCGGUAUAUGGACACGUCCUAUGACGUGAUUAUUGAUCACUCCCUUGGAGGUCCAGUGGCCUUGUCGCUCUUGUCAUUCUUGCCCCAAACGAAAGAAACCACCGUCAUGAUCCUCGAUCCCGUCCUCAAACUUACAGAGAAGAAAAUCAAAAUGCAUAAAACUUGAUUUCUGAAGGAGGUUGCGAAUGUCAGACCCGCCGAGAAGCAUAUAGCUGGGAAUCCGGCUUGGUCACGACGUGAUUGCGUGUUAAGAGUGCAGGAAAUCUCCAUGUGCGAUUACACUGUUGUCUAGGAGAUAUUUCAGCAAAACAAGCCAUGGUCUUUCAGUGGGCUGUUCAAGAACAUCCCCCUUAACGUGAAGAUCACCGUACUGGCAUCAGACCCGGUGUUCGGUGCUGCUCGUCUUUUGGAGCACGCCCCUUGUGACGUGGAGAGAUUGAAUGCUAGAG